UCUAAAAUUUAUGUUUUUACUCAAUAAUGGCUGAAACUCAUAUAGAAGCGGUAGAAUCAGAGGCUGAAAAUGAAGCCACUCCUCUGCUUCUCACAGAGCAAACCGAAAUAGCUGAAAAUCCAGAAGGCAAAGCAGCAAAUUGCACCUAUCCUGAUGACACCCAUCUAGCCAAAGCCCUUCAAAAACUGGAACUUUUUCUGACUCUACUGGGAUUCAACCAAUCCUCAGUUCCGAGGCUUGUGCUCUCUUGGAGUUUCUUUUCUGUGCUUGCUUUGGCGCUGCCGCUGCUGAUUCUUCAGCUCUCCGAUUGCCCAGCCUGUGAGGCUGCUCAAAUCAAGAGCUUUGAGAUCGGUAUCGUGAUUUCCCAGGCUUGCCUUGCUGCUGCUGCCCUCCUUUGCCUUUCCCACAAUUUGCGCAAAUAUGGUGUCCGGAAGUUCCUGUUCGUCGACCGCUACGCCGGUCAUGAGGAGCGCUUCAGUCAGCAGUAUAUUCAUAAGAUCUCUGGUUCUCUCCGCUUGCUAGUGUUGUGGGUACUGCCAUGUUUCAUUUUGAAGACUGCCCGUGAAGUUUUCCGCAUUUUAUAUGUCCAUCGUGAAUCAGGGUGGGAAUCUGCUGCUAUCUUAUUGGCUUUUGUUUUGUCAUGGACUUAUGUUACUGUAGUUUUCUUGUCGGCCUGCAUUUUAUUUCACCUGGUCUGCAAUCUUCAAAUUAUACACUUUGAUGACUAUGUGAAGCUCUUGGAAAGAGAACCUGAUGUUUCAUUAUUAAUAAACGAGCAUGUCCUUCUCCGGUAUAAUCUCUCAAAAAUAAGCCACAGAUUUCGAAUGUAUCUUCUGCUGGAAUUUGUAAUUGUUACUGGGAGUCAGUUUGCAACUCUCUUCCAAACUACAGGAUAUACCGGGAUUAUAACUUAUGUGAACAGCGCUGAUUUUGUGGUCUCCUCAAUUGUUCAGGUAAGUGGGGUGAUCCUUUGCUUGUAUGCUGCUGCAAAAAUAUCUCAUAGGGCAGAAAGCAUCGGAUCACUAGCAAGUACAUGGCACGCUUUAGCUACUUGCAGCACUGACGAGGCGUCUCAAAUUAGAUAUUCAACUGGGAUGGGAUACAUGGAGGCUGCUAAUAUAUCAAGCUCAUUCUACAUGAACAGCUCAGAAAGUGAUUUGGAGUCGGGGUUAUUCAUAGUAGAACCUACAAAUGCGCAGUUGGCUUCUGAUAUGUCCUCAUACCACAAGAGAGAGGCCCUAGUUAUGUAUCUGCAGAGCAAUCCAGGAGGAAUUACUAUAUUUGGGUACACAGUGAAUCGAGGUCUAAUUAACACAAUCUUCUUCAUCCAAUUAUCCCUAAUCACCUUUGUGCUAGGGAUGACCUUGGUUUUAUAGCCACCUUUCGCCACUUUACUUAUACUAACAACUUGCAAUGCUUAUUGUUGGGGUACAUCUUGGAGGGCCGAGUUCAGCAUCCUGCCAUCGACCGCUAUUAUGCAACGGAGUAAGAAAAGAUAGUUGUGCCUUUAUUAUUAGCUAUAGAUUUUGACGUAAUGGUAAGCGCUUGAUUUCCAAAACCUUGGUGGAUUCUUUAGAAACACCAUUGCAAGGUUUCACAACACCAGUCUACUUCUUGCUUCCAAAGCCAGUGAGUGAAGUUUUGUUUUUGGACUGUAGCCAAGUGUUCUAGGUUUUCUUCUUGUACUAUUUUUACAGGUAACCCAACCAGGAACUAACCCAGGAUGACACCUUGUUGUACACUUGUACUAAUAGAUGACACCUCAUGCCACGUCAGCAUUUUAUAAACUUUUUUUUUUAAUUAGUCUAACAAUGUUGUUUCUUUAAUAUGGUUUACACAGCCAUAAUUUUGUAAGUUUUAUCCAUUUUGAUUUGUAUGAGGGGGCACCUCACUCCUUGUUUGCAAACAAUCAUUAUACCAUGGUCUACCUUGUACAUUUUUACC